AUGCUGCCACUCCUCUUCCUUGCUGUGGUUUCUCCCCUAGUCGUCUUCCUCCUAGCUCUCAAGAACAAGCAGCAAUGUUGCCGUGGAAUCCCACUCCCUCCCGGAUGUCCACGUCUCCCGCUUCAUUGGAGCCUUUUCGGUCUCUCCCCAACCGUCGCCUCCCUGUCCAUGGUGCUCCGGCGCCUCCACCAUGCCCACGGCCCCGUGGUGACCCUUUGCGCCGGCAGCAAGCCGGCCAUCUUCAUCGCUAGCCACGAGACCGCGCACUGCACGCUCGUCCGCAUGGGCGCUACCUUCGCGCACCGCCCAUCAUCGUCACUGCUGUCCUCCGGAGUCAAUGGCUACGGCGUCAACAGCGCCACGUACGGGAGCCGAUGGACCUUGCUCCGCCGCAACCUCUGCUCACACCUCGCGGCGGCGGACAUCGCCGGACCACUGCGGCUGUCCGUCGAUCGGCUCCUUGGAAACCUCGAGCGCGCGGCGCGGGAGGCUGCCGACGGCGUGGUCGUCCCGUCAGACACUCUCCGGCACGCCGUGUUCCGCUUCUUCGCCGCGCUGUGCUUCGGCGAGCAGGCCAUAGCCGACGCCGCCGCCGACGACGACGGCGGUGGCGGCGUGCUCACGCGUCUUCGUGGCCUGCACGCCGAGAUCCUGUCGCUCGUUGUUGAGCUCGACGCGCUCCACCUCAUGCCCAGCAUGGCACUUCAGGUCGCGCACUACUUGCCCAGGUCGUGGAAGCUGUUCGAUGCGCAGAGGAGGCACCAUAAUAUUGUCAUGACCCUCGUUCGUGCUCGUCGUCGGUGGCAGCAAAACAUGGUCGGAGUCGGAGUCGGAGUCGGAGACGACGAUGGCGGCGGCACAGUACUGCCGCCACAGUGCUAUGUGGACACGCUUCUAAGGCUGAGGCUCGGAGACCAUGAGUUGAUGGAGCAGCUCAAGGAAGCGUGGAGGUUUACUGAAUGUGACUGUCAAGACGGGAACUGGAGCACCGCGCUUGAAUGGAUCAUGGCACGGCUUGUGCUCCACCAGGAUAUUCAACAUAAGCUGUGGAACGACAUCGCCGGCGGCAGCCGAAGAUCGGCGACAUGUGGUGGUGGUGAGAGGAGGUCAUUCGCUGAGGCCGUGGUGCUCGAAGCCCUGCGUCGUCACCCUCCAGCGCACUACCUGUUGGCACACACGACGGACAGGGACGUCUCACUGCACGGAUCAUCAUAUGUGAUACCAAAGGGCUCCAUAGUGAACUAUGGCGUGGCCGAGAUUGGCCGUGACGCCAAGUUGUGGACUGACCCAGACGUGUUCAGCCCGGAGCGGUUCCUUGAAGGUGGAGAAGGGUCCUCCAUCCGUGGGAUCCCCAGCGUCAGCAGCGGCGGGCUGGAGCCGGAGACGAUGAAGAUGAUACCGUUCGGUGCUGGGCGGAGGGCGUGCCCCGGUGCAGCGGUCUCGGUGAAGGUGUUGCUGUCGUUCAUGGAGAAUAUGGUCGUGCAGUUCGAAUGGAAGCCGGUCGUCGGUUGUGGUUGUGAUUCUUGUGGUGGGAAGAACGAGGCGCCGGCGGUUGACAUGUCAGAGAAGCCAGGGCUUGUUACCGAGAUGAGGACACCCUUGCGCACUCGCUUAGUCGUGCGGCAGCACGUCGAUGAACAGACGUGA